UUGUUGGCUGUUCUUAUACCUACAUUUCCACCACGGUGCUUCCAUCCAUUUUUAUGUCUGGUAAACGAUACGAGAUUGCUUCCUAAAAACUUCAUUCUGCGCUGUAUAUAUUGGUUACCAGUAUAUAUAAAAAAAUUCUUAAGGUCAUUGAACGAUUUCAUCGUGUGUAGUUGGUAUGCGCGACAUCAUUUGGCAACAACAAAAUACACCAGUUGAUAGCAGUUAUCAGAACGAACGGAAGUAUAAAAUUAAUGAGCGAGAUAGACAAUAUGCCACAGACCAACCGGAAAAAAUUCACUUUAAUGUUUCACCGGCCGAUGUAAAUUCAGUGAAUUCUGGUUUUUCAACUUCUAAACCUAUAUCUAAAAUUAAUAAAUCUAAUCAGAAAGAGUCAACAGGCAUUGGAGUGUACUUGAAUGGGAAUAGUGAUAUAGCUGGUGGCAAGUGGAGUGUUGCAACCGACGAUAAUCAAAAUCCACAGGAAGCCUGGGAUAAAACUACUCAAGUUCGCAAGUCACACAACAUGUUUACUUUUGAAAAUCAUUGGCAAGAAUCCUCUUGGAGUAUGGGUGCUGAUGGAAGCAAUGAUAAAUCAGAGCAUGCCAUCUCACAACCUAUUACAAUGGUCCAAAGAAGACCGGAGCAGUAUGGACCACCACAGCAAGUGACAUCUCCCCGAUCUGCAGAUGGUUCUGUGUUGGGUGUGCACAUGGUUGAAUAUGUCUUAGCAUCGUCACCGGGUGGUCAUGAAAUCGAAAACCACAUGAAGGGAAUGAAUAUAAAUGGAAAUCUAGAGGUGUCCAACACGCAAUUACCAAAUGGAAAUGUUGUGGCAAGAAAGUCUCCUUUUGAAGAAGAAGAUGAAAUUGAAAAUAACUCCCAGCAUUCUCAAAAUGAAUCAGAAGAACCAACUCUUUUUAUGGGUGGACAACAAGCUAGUAGCAGUAGAAAUGAGUCCCCUCUGCCAUUAAAUUCACAAGACACUGCUGCUGCAUUAGGACCAAUGAUCUCAGGUAACAACCCAUCCAGUAAACCAAGCUCUACAUCAUCUGGUGCUCAGGAAGAUCAAGUUACAUCUCCUAUACCAUUCGCUCAAAAUGUGGACCAGAAUGGCAGUACCAUAGAGCCGAAUCAAAUUGGUUACGAACCUAGUAUACAGGAACAGACACAAGGUGUCGCUGUAUCCAAUGCAAUGGCAGCUACUCAACAGCAGCAACAAGGUCAACCACAACAUUUUGUAUUUGGUCAACAACAAGCUAUGGGUAUGGGUAGCCCAUAUUUUGUUGCAAAUACUGCUGGAGGCCAAGAUCCAUAUGGUCAAAAUGGUGGUAUUCCUAUUGUAAAUGCAAAUGGACAAACAACUGUCAUUCACCCUCAGUAUGCAGCUGCUUAUGGUAUUCAGCCAUAUGUUUAUGCCAACCAAAAUGGUGGCCAAUUUGUCCAGGGACAGCCACAACCUUCACAAGAUCCACGGACACCAACUACAUCAACAACCUCGUCUUCACAAGGACCUCAACAAAUGCAGGGUCAACAACAACAAAUUCCUGCAGGAUACAUGGUUCAGGCACCUAUUAAUUUUCCAGCUGGAUCCACAUUUUAUGAUCAACAUGGCAACCCUGUUAUUAUUAAUGGUAGAAUGACUGCACCUAUGACGAACCACCUUGGACAAACUGUGCGAGUCAUGUCCCCAGUCGUUUUAAAUGCUAAUGGACCACCAACAGUUAGUCCUGGAAUACACAGUGGGACUUCACCUUCACUCCAGAUGUAUAGUCAACAACAACAACAACAGGCUAACCAGCAACAGCAACAACCUCCAAGAGGAAUAAAUUUGGGAUAUUUGUCUACUGGUCAACUUGGACCCCUCCCUGGUCAGAAUGCAAUGCAAGCUGCUCCGGUUGGUGUAAUCGGAGGUCAUCUUCAGUCUACUGGAACAGGACCAUUGCCAUCUCCGGGUGGACCAAGAGAUGUGUAUAGUGCAUUAGGGCCAUCUAAACGUCCUGGUGCUCAAGUCUAUACACAGGGAAUGGUAGGCUCAUACAAUUCACUCUCUGUAAAUACACCAUUAGCAAAUGCAUUGAACAUUACCAAUCCAAAUACUUCACCACUUCAUUCACAAGGACAGACAACAUUUGAUAUAGGAUCGCCAGCAAACAGUCGACUCUCGGGCUACGCCAGUUUACUAAAUCCCACUAAUGAUAUGAGAAGAGGGUAUGGCACAGCAGGUUUAGGAAGCUCCAUAUUUGGCUCUAGUACAGCUGGUUUAUACAGAAGAGCAGGUGGCAGAGACAGUGGAAGGUCAAAGUUACUUGAAGAUUUUCGUAACAACAGGUUUCCUAACCUUCAACUUCAUGAUCUGCAAAGACAUAUAGUUGAGUUUUCUCAAGAUCAACAUGGUUCUAGAUUUAUACAACAAAAACUGGAAAGAGCUAGCAUAUUGGAGAAAAACAUGGUGUUUAACGAGAUCUUGACAGCUGCUUACAGUUUAAUGACCGAUGUAUUUGGAAAUUAUGUUAUCCAAAAAUUUUUCGAAUUUGGCUCUCCUGAACAAAAAUUGCUGCUUGCACAAAGAAUUAAAGGCCAUGUACUACCAUUAGCUCUGCAGAUGUAUGGAUGCAGAGUUAUACAAAAAGCAUUGGAGACGAUACCGCCAGAAAUGACAAUACAUAGUGAAUUAGUACGUGAAUUGGAUGGGCAUGUUUUGAAAUGCGUAAAGGAUCAAAAUGGUAACCAUGUUGUUCAAAAGUGUAUCGAGUGUGUGGAUUCAGUACAGCUGCAGUUCAUCAUUGAUGCUUUCCAAGGACAGGUUUUUGCAUUAUCCACCCACCCGUAUGGAUGUCGUGUUAUUCAACGCAUACUUGAGCAUUGCACUACUGAGCAAACAUCUCCAAUUCUGGGAGAAUUACACGAACACACUGAAAGAUUGAUCCAAGAUCAAUAUGGAAAUUAUGUCAUUCAACAUGUACUUGAACAUGGAAGUGCCGAUGAUAAAUCAACUAUUGUUAAUAUUGUCCGUGGAAAUGUAUUAUUGCUCAGUCAGCAUAAAUUUGCAAGUAAUGUGAUUGAGAAAUGUGUGUCUCAUGCGUCAAGAGCUGAACGUUCCAUGUUGAUUGAAGAAGUUUGCAAUUAUGCUGAUGGACCACACGGUGCAUUAUACACGAUGAUGAAGGAUCAAUAUGCAAAUUAUGUUGUGCAGAAAAUGAUCGAUAUAGCUGAACCACUUCAGCGAAAAGUUCUUAUGAUGAAGAUCAGACCACAUGUUGCUACACUGCGUAAAUAUACAUAUGGAAAACACAUUCUUGCUAAACUGGAAAGCUUUGAGAAAGCUUACAUGCAACCAGAUUUGUUGUUUUUACCUGUGACAACACAAAUUGCGCCAUUUUAGUUCGAAGCUAUCUUAGGGAUUGUGUAGGUAAGUUGUUGUCGUUUUUGGUGAUUGUAAUAUUAAUACAUAUUUCUUUUUUUUCUUAGUAUAUAUUAUAUAUAACAUUUUUUCUGCAGUGUGGAUUUGAUUUUUCCUAUAUACUCAUAACUGUCGUAUAUUUAGAAUUAAUGCGCCUUUUAAUAUUUUAGAAUUGUUUUUGUGUUUAUAUUAUUUAGAUUAAAUUAAUUAUUUCAGUCAUUUCGCAUUUUAUAGAAUGCAUCUUAAUGUUGUUAUAGCAACUAAAGGACUGGGUAUUAGGUGUUGUGCAAAUCAAGUCUUUUUAACUGUAGUGCAGCUCGAACAAACAUCUAAUAUUUGACAAUUUCAUCAGAUACGUUUUUUGUACACUCCUGCGAACUAUCCUCCUUCCAAAUUUAAGUAUAUAUACAAACUCCUCGUUUUUGUUUUCUGUCAAAUUAUCUGUAACCAGCUCAAAUUUGAGUUGGAUGUAACUUGUGUUUAUAUGGACAUAUGUACAUUUCAACGUGUAUAUCGAGAAAGCAUUUUUUACUCAAAUUUUAUUGCGUUCAUUUAGUAAUAUUUGCAUACCGAAAAAUUGAUAUUUGUAAGAUGAAGCUCUCGUUUUUCUUAACCGUAUCGCAUUCUUUUUCUAUUCCAAGUGGUUUAAUAUGUAUGUGAAAAGAAUUAGCUUCUUAAAGGUCUGUAUUUCCAUUCUCGUGGUAUUUCGCUUGUUGUUUUUUUUGCGUUGUGGCAGAGAGAUUUUUAUUUUGUUCUUUGAUUUUAUCAACGAAGUGUUUAUAUUAUUUAGUCCAAUCAAAUUGCGUUUAUUUUAUGAUUGAAUUUAUUGAUUUGUUGGUUUUUUACCCACGAAAGUCUGACGACGAGGACAAUUUUAACUCAGCCAUCCUUUAUGUAACGUCCAAUAUUCACAAUCACGAGUAAGAAUACGAAUUAUUUUUUACAAUACAGUGUAAAUUAGUGUUUUUUAAACUUGAACAUACUUCAGCACUGUUAUCUAAGCACUGUGUACAUAGCAUUUAAUAAUAUUAUGCCGUGCAACUUUACAAACAAAGCGACCUGCUUUUAGCUGUUUUAACGGUUGUUUAAUUAUUUCUUCAGUCUAUGUUAUGUACAGGAUUAUCUGGUGGCAUCUACCGUUUCUUCACUUCAUUAUUAAUUACUCCUGUAUAUGUUUUUGAAAAAGAGAGGGGUGUAUAGUAAAUUUGUAGGUAUUGGGGCUAACUUGGUAAAUAUGUAAUAUUAUAUGUAUAUGCCUUGUAAAAAGUAUCACGAAAAACGAGUUUCACGUAAAACUGUUCUUCCCGGUGUGACCGAUUUAUCUUUUUUCGUGGUCAGUUUUACGUGAAAAUGUUUUGAGUGAUACAUCAUAAUAUUGUAACAAUAAAAAAACCAUUGUAUAGUCCAAGCACACAGGCACAGAACACAUGUAAAACCUUGUAAAUCAGUAUUCUGCUUUAAAACGGUGUAAAAAUGAGGAUAAAAUAUUGUACGUAGAAUAUUUUUAGAAUUUGAAAAGUAAUAUUCUUCUUGUAGACAAACGUGUAUAUCAACAAAAAAAAUCAAAAAAGUUUCUUUUCAAGCGAGCACUUCUAACGGAAGCUGAAUUCUCAUUUCCUCCGUGAACUUGCUCGCUUGGAAAUUUUCUUUCUUUUUUAGUUAUCUUAUAUGUUAUGAUAUUGUGGGUUGUUACGUGAAGUGCUAACCAUUUAGAAAUAAUGCAUAAAAGGAAUAAUUCUAAUACUCUUCCACCGCUGGGUGUGUUGUUGAUCUAUAAUUUCUCGUUUUUUCAUUGGCAGGUUCUAAAGUGGUCGGCGUGUUUUGUAUUACGUAACUGGACUAGGGUGUUCGGGUUAUUUCUAGCUAUGUAUGCAUUUCUAUAAAGCAUGUAAAAAAGAUCUUUAUGUCUGUGUACUUAGCUGUAAUUGAUUUGAUAAAAAUCGUAUUUAGUGGCAAA